AUGGCUCCUGGGAAUGGGUCUUUCGUGACUGCAUUCAUCCUGGUGGGGUUAACAGACCAACUGAAUCUCCAAGUUCCCUUGUUUUUCCUGUUUCUAUUAAUGUAUAUGGUCACUGUGAUGGGAAAUUUGAGCCUGAUAAUCCUAAUUGGGAUAAAUUCACAUCUGCACACCCCCAUGUACUUUUUCCUCUUUAACUUGUCCUUCACAGACCUCUGUUAUUCUUCAGUAUUUACACCCAAAAUGCUGGUAGAUUUCUUAUCGAAGGAGAAUAUUAUCUCUUACAUGGGGUGCAUGACCCAGUUCUACUUCUUCUGUUUUUUUGUCGUUUCUGAAUGCUAUGUGCUGACGUCAAUGGCCUAUGACCGCUAUGUGGCCAUCUGUAGCCCACUCUUGUAUCAUGCUGCCAUGUCCCCUAAGGUGUGUUCCAGCCUAAUGUUUGGUUCCUACCUGAUGGCAUUUUCUGGUGCCAUGGCUCACACUGGAUGCAUGCUGCGACUGACCUUCUGUGAUGCAAACACCAUCAACCAUUAUUUCUGUGACAUCCACCCUCUGCUUCAGCUCUCCUGCACAAGUACCUACAUCACUGAGUUGGUAGUUUUCAUCAUGGCGGGCAUCAACAUCAUUGUGCCCAGUCUCACCAUCUUUGUCUCUUAUGGUCUCAUCCUGUCCAGCAUCCUCCACAUCAAGUCCAUGGAGGGCAGGUCCAGAGCCUUCAGCACCUGCAGUUCCCACAUCAUUGCUGUUUCUCUGUUCUUUGGAUCUGGGGCAUUUGUGUAUCUCAAAUCAUCUUCUACUGGAUCUAUGGAUGAGGGAAAAAUCUCUUCUGUCUUUUAUACCAAUGUGGUUCCUAUGAUGAACCCCUUAGUCUACAGUCUGAGGAACAAAGAUGUUAAAAAUGCUCUAAGAAAAACCCCGAGGAGAAGAAAGUAUUGA